AGGGGGCGCUAUUGUGUUGUAUUCACUGUUUCUAGUGGAAAGAAAUUCUGCCAGAAUUGUAGCUUCCGUGCAGCCAUCAUAUCAACAGCUUUUACAGCUCUAUAUCUCUAGCUAGCUAUGCGUUUUAGUUAGUACUGAAAGGUUUUUGAACGUUUUUAGAACCAGUAGUCUUGUUGUUACGACAAAAUACGUUUCUUCGUUUAGAAGAACGAGUGGUGACGGCGACAAUGUCGAUUUCAGUUGACUUCCAUUCUCAAAUUGCGUCCAUCAUGGAGGUUCUGGCUAACGCGGCUGUUGCCGAAAUUUGUAAAGUUGUAGACGACGGAUACGCGGUGGUUCAGCUGGAAAUGUCCCGGAGCCAGAAGGAGCACGAGUUCCUACGGAGGAAAAUCAAACUGCUGGAGCUGCAGAUUGCCAGGUAUCGAGCGGAGAGAAUGAAGGGAGCAGAGGGCUCCAUUAGCAGCCGCUUCCCAGGGGUGCGCCUCCUCAACCGGCAGAACAGGGACUCACUGGCCGGCCCUUCUCUUCAGGGCAGGACCAGGUUUCUGAACCGAGGUCCAGGGGCCCAGCAGACUGUUCAGAAGAACCAGCCCAUCGACCUGGACCAGGAUCCUGAUCAGGAGGUUGUGACCACCACCAAAACUGAGCCAGCAGAGCCGGAGGAGGAGGGGGAACUCCUGAUAGUCAAAGUUGAGGGAGCAGUGGAGACCGGAGCCUCCAUCCACGAGGUGCCAGUGGACGCCUGCAUCAGCAGCAGAGGCAAAGACGACACCAUCAACACAUCACCAAACGCCACCUCGAAGGAAGCCAGUGACGGCCGGCAGGCCAGAUGCCGCAGCGAAACGGAGGUCAGUGGAUCUGACAUCGUCACCUUUGUUGUCGGCAGGACAGCUGAAACUGAAAGCAACAGCGACACUACCCACAGUUCCCAGCUGGAGCUAACAGGAAGUGAUGUCAGAGCAGGGGACAGUGAACCACUGAACUCUUACAUGAUGUCACACAAGGGCACUGUGCCAGCUGGCUGUCAUGGUGAAACGGAUGCCAGAAAAGUUAAUGAGGUUGCUUUAGACGCCUCCAAAUCCUCCCAGUCAGAGGUGAUAGUCAUUGAUGGAGGGGGGAGGUCAGACAAGGAGGGGGAGGAGUAUGAGUGGUCAGACCAGACAGGGAGAGACACACAUGAACAAACUACAUCACCCAUCAUUCAGUGUGAUGUAGUGGGACUGGAGUCAGCAGGACCCAAGAAGUCCUCUCUGCAGGUAGGAUCAGUUCUCACUCCAGGAACAUCCGGCGGUGGAACUAUCUCCAGUGAUGCACACAGCGCGACCCUGCACCGCCCUGCCAGCCACCAGAAACCCUUCACCAGCCGCUUCCACAUGGCUUUCUACCACGCCGUCACCAUGGAGCGCCCAUACGGCUGCACCAGGUGCACCAAGCGCUUCUUCCUGGAGUCUGACCUGCAGAAGCACAUGGCAAGGCACACCAGGGAGAAGCCCUACGCCUGCUCGCUGUGUGGCAAAAGCUUUGUGUGCCAGAGCCAGCUGGACAUCCACCGAAACGUGCACACCGGGGAGAGGCCCUUCAGCUGCUCCAUCUGCAACCGACGCUUCUCCCAUCCCAGCAACCUCAAGAGGCACCAGAAGAUCCAACAGGGUGAAUGGACGGUUCCUGAAUGUGUGGUUCUCAGUGUGAAGCAUGGAGGUGUGAUGGGCCAGGGAUAUGUGACAAACAUGAGCAGCCCUCAGAGCAAGGAGGAAGAGAUGGAUGAAGUGCAAGGUGACACCUCAGAGAAAAACAGUCCUUCCCAAACGCUGCUGGGAUGGCAGGACAGAAUCCAGACUGAAAAUGCUGAGAGGCCAUCUUGUUCCACAUACUCAGCAGACACUGGAGCAGGAGACUCAUCGUUUAGCCAAAUGGGGACAAAUCCUGCCUCUAGAGUCCCCACUGUUUCUAAAAGACCUCUGUGUGACAUGGUCCAGGGAAGCCCUGUGUCUAAACUUGACAUCAUUGUGAUCAACUCACCUCCACAUGCAGCCCAGAACCGCUGCAGUGGGACGUUGUUGGCAGGACAAAGUGGAAAUGAUGGAGCUGACAAAGGGACACCUCUUACAGGUCAGGGCAACGCCACUGUGAGGGCACAGUAUCAGCCACUGCUGCGUCUUCAGAUCAACGAGGCGCCCAGUGAAGUGAUGUUUGAAGGCAGUGCCGUCUACAGUAAUCAAAUUUCUACCUUUAAUAACCCUUCUGUUACCAUGGAUACAGUGGACUCCCAGCAACAGCAAACUCAGUAUUCUUGGCCUGGAAUCCAGCCAUUAGACAAUGUCCACUUGUCCAGUCAAAACCACCUUUAUCAAGUGUGUAGCAGUCAGAAUCAGGAGUCUGGGUCAGCACAGUCCCAGCAGCCUUGCCUACCCUACGCCUGCACCUUCUGUUCGCGUCGCUACGCCCACCAGUGCCAGCUACGCAUCCAUGAGCGUGUCCACACUGGAGAGAAGCCUUACCAGUGUGUCCAGUGCGGAAAGCGCUUUGGCCAAGUCUGCAGCCUUAAGCGCCACCAGAUGGUCCACACCGGAGAGAGGCCAUUCCCCUGCCCCCAAUGUGGGAAGCAGUUCUCCACCUCUACCAACCUGAAAGUCCACCAGAGUGUCCACACUGGGGAGAAGAAGUUUGAUUGCUCCAAGUGUGGCAAGAAGUUUUCCUUCCUAAGCAACCUCAUCAGGCACCAGGCUCUGCACACCACCAAGUAGAGCAGGUUGCACAUGGACAAAUCUGCCUCAUUUAUCCCCAGUAUGUACCUGAGGGGACAGAUUAACAUGAACAGCCUCCAAUAUGGCCUCCAGUAUGAUGCAAUCAGGACAGCAGCACAACCAGCCAAGGCUAUUUUAUGACCAUAAACUGUUUAGGUGUUCAUAUUAUUGUGGAUAGAUAUGUCUGAUCUUCAACAGCAUUUAGUCAUCAGGUCAGCAUUUCACAUUUAGUGUUACUCUGUUGAUCUUUGGAUUCACUUUGGAAAAUAUUGGUAAAAUCAUGAAAAUCAUUCCAUGACAUUGAAAGGAUCUCUGAGGGUUUAUGCCUGUAGUUACUGUAUCAGGGUAGCUUUAAAAAGAUUUGAUGAAAAAUUGCUGAUGUGCUUGGUCAUUUCUGUCCAUAGGAGCGGCAGAAAUUAAGAGCUGAUAGUGAUGUCCUCAUCAUUGCACAUCACAUGAACAGCUCUCUUUAUAUUGAGGGCAUGUAAAUUUUCUGGAUUUGUCACUUUGUCACAGUCAUGUGAUCCAUUGUUAAAGAUACCCUCCACAUAAGGUUUACAAAAAAAUCUGUCUGACACAGUUUUCACAGAAAAAAAUACAAUUACCAUCAAGCCUGGAAAUUCAUAAUUAAAAGGGCAAGGCCACUUUGGUCUGCAGUGUGGUAUUUUUUGAGGCCACAUUCCAGAGUAUCAAGGCAGUAAGAGAAAAAACAUGGUUUUGAUUUCACUUAGACUGAUUCAUGUCUAAAAGCAUUAAUGGCUUUUUAAUAGAUAGUGUGACACUACUAGAGAGAUAAAACACAUUCUUAUCAUAUACUAAUUUAUUUCUAAUUCAUAUUUAGGAAUAGGUUUUGAGUCUAGGGCUAUCAGUACACUCACUGAAACCUCAGUUAGGACGCUAAAAUGUGAUAUUGUGAUGUGCUAGAACUUGGUAUCACUGCAGCCACACUAAAGUGAGAGACUACUUCCACCUUGAGAAUUUUACUAAUUCACACUUUUCAAAACAACAGCUGGGUGCAGUCCGAUUGUGAGACAGACAUGCACACUAUGUAGUCGGCAUAUGACACUUAGUUUGGGAUUAUUCAUUCAUCCAUUCAUAUUAUACAUUAAUUAAUAAUCAGAUGCUAUUUCUGACUGAGAGCCUUCAUUAGGCUAUACAUCAUCUGAAUUGCAAUAAACUUGAGCUUCUGUGCUAUGAUUACCCCUAUGAAGAAUUUCACUUGGAUGCCAUACAAUUAUGCAUCACAUUCAUUAAUUCAUUAGUCGCUGUUCACCGAAAAACUUGAGCAUGUUCAGUGAAUGUUCUCUUUCAAGUGCCCUUAUGCACAGCUGAUGAUGGAAGUAGCUUGUGACCCAUUUCGCCUUCUCAUCACUCCUGGAGAGACAUAUAUGAAUCACAAAUGUUAAAAACAAGAGCUUGACUGUCAGAGGGUUGCAACUUUAUUUGUCAUACCACGUGCUAGUUGUUGACCUGUCAUUACCAGUCCAUGGUGUACCUUUAUAGGAGAGGGCAUAGAUGGCUGAUGGAUAUACAAUUUUUAGAAGGGCAUCUAAGCGAAAUAGAGGGCAAACACUAGCCAUGGCCACUGUGACUGAAAGUCCUGCUCUGCUCACCACAUUAAAAUCUUUAAAAUGGCACCGAAUGUACAGAUAUGUAAACAUAUUUUAUUUAUUUCACAAGCUGUCUCUUACUACACUGUAAAGUCAAUUCUCCAUGUAUGUGCACUUGAGGCUUCAAGUUUCCACAUCACACUUGAUGAAUAUUGGACCAGGAUCGUUUCUACCGUCAGACUCUUGACAUACCGGUACAUCAAUCUACAUGGCAAAGCUCAAACAUUCUAACCCGAGGAACAAGAAGAAAAGUUUUGAGUAUAUUGACAUGUUUCAGUUUUAAUUUGAAAUUUGAGGUUGAAAGGGAAAAAAAAUCAUGAGGCCUCGAAUCAGAGCUGUCGACUCGAGACUUGGACUGCACUUAGACUCCAUUCACCAAAAUAAGGACUUGCACUUUUACUUGGACUUUCUGCAGAAACAAGCUGAUGGUUUUAAGUCAAGACACUGAAAUGUAAUCCCACAUGUCCAUUCUAUCACAUGUCUAUCAUCUGCUGUCAUUGUGACGUUGCAUUCAAAUAGUGAAAACAAACCCAGAACACACCAUGAAAUAAAGUCUGGUUAAAACAAG